AUGUUCGGUCGACUUCUUUUUGCUGUCGUAAGUUGUUUUGAUUGUUUUUUUUUAUUUUUAAAAAUUUUUUAAAAAUGUCAUUUAUAUUAUCAUUGAUAAGUUACAAUUUUUUUAAAAUUUAGUGGCUGGCCCAGCUGGUAUCAGCUCAAGAAGGUGGUGAAGGCAGAGAGUUUUGUAUCGACCGGUUCUGUCCACAAGGAACCUUUUGUGAACCAAGGUUUGUGGUAAAAUGUGCCAGAGAACCGUGUAAACCUUUGUUAAUGUGCCUACCAAUCAGUGAGAAUGGUAAUGUAACCUUAGCUUUAGCUUUAGUUCUAACUGUAGCCCAGAGCUCUAGCCCAGAGCCCCAGCUUAGAGCCUAGAGCCUAGCCCAGAUAUGAAGAACAAGCCGAACCUGAAAAUCAAGAUCCGGCCCAAAUAUCCCCGCCCGUUUGCACGUAAAAAAUUUGAGCUGGGCCGGCCCGGCGAAAAAUUUAGAUCGGCCCGGACCUGAAGAGCCGAAGAAGAGCCUUAACUCUAGCCCUAGCUUUAGCCGAGCCCUUGCCUAUUGUCAUUUUUGUUUUUCUUUAUUUUUACAAUUUUAGGUUGUGCAAAGAAGACAUGUCCAGAUGGGACAGUUUGUGUCGAGCGGGUAAUACCUUGUAUUUCACAAAAUUGUGCCAAGAAAGCAACUUGUGCCAGGCCUGGAAGUAAGUUUACCGUUUUAAUAUACUAUAAUAUAUUAAAAAAUUUUUUAAUUUAAUGAAAUUUUUUGAAUUUAAGUGGAGUAUAUUUAAAAACAAUGCUAUCUUUAAAUAAUUUUUUCGUAUUUUACCUUUUGUUUUAGCUUGUGAAGCCUUAGUAUGUCCUCCAUCACACCACUGUGAAUUGAAUUCGAAUGGUGUUCCCACUUGCGAACGAGGUCUUUUCAAAGCCAAAGAUGUUCAGGUUGCCCUAUCACAACUUCAGAAAACUGAACAACAAACUGUACGAUAA